GGAAAGGAGGCGGUCACUUGCUGGGGUGGGGAGGGAAGGAGGGAAGGGGUGGAGGGGAAGAGAGAAGAGGGCGCACGCGCAAGCGUGCGACUGCGGGCCUCCUGCUCCCUGGCCCCUCCCCUUGCGGGGGCGCGCGGCGCCUGGGACCGUACGGGAAGAGGGAAGUCAGGUGGCCGCUGCCGCCGCCGCCGCCGCCUGUCGCCAGAAGGAAAAUGGCGGAUCUGGAGGAGCAGUUGUCGGAUGAGGAGAAGGUGCGCAUAGCUGCAAAAUUCAUCAUCCAUGCCCCGCCAGGAGAAUUUAAUGAGGUAUUUAAUGAUGUUCGGUUACUGCUUAAUAAUGAUAAUCUUCUCAGGGAAGGGGCAGCUCACGCAUUUGCACAAUAUAACUUGGACCAGUUUACUCCAGUAAAAAUUGAAGGUUAUGAAGAACAGGUGUUAAUAACAGAGCAUGGUGAUUUAGGAAAUGGAAAAUUUCUGGAUCCCAAAAAUAGGGUCUCUUUCAAAUUUGAUCAUUUAAGAAAGGAAGCUACUGACCCCAGACCCUACGAAAGUGAAAAUGCCAUCGAGUCCUGGAGACAUUCAGUGGAAACUGCCAUGAGAGCCUAUGUAAAGGAACAUUACCCUAAUGGGGUCUGCACAGUUUAUGGUAAAACUAUAGAUGGACAGCAAACCAUCAUUGCAUGCAUAGAAAGUCAUCAGUUUCAAGCAAAAAACUUUUGGAAUGGUCGUUGGAGAUCAGAGUGGAAGUUUACAAUUACUCCUUCUACCACGCAGGUGGUUGGUAUCUUGAAAAUUCAGGUUCACUAUUAUGAAGAUGGUAAUGUUCAACUAGUGAGCCAUAAAGACAUACAAGAAUCUCUAACAGUGUCUAAUGAAGUUCAAACAGCAAAAGAAUUUAUAAAGAUUGUAGAAGCAGCAGAAAAUGAAUAUCAGACUGCCAUCAGUGAGAAUUAUCAGACUAUGUCGGACACUACUUUCAAAGCCUUACGUCGACAGUUGCCAGUUACACGCACUAAGAUUGACUGGAAUAAGAUCCUUAGUUACAAAAUUGGGAAAGAGAUGCAGAAUGCUUAAGAUAAACACUGCAUGACUGGAUCAUUUUAGUGUCCAUGUAUAAAUAAAAAUAUUACAAAAGUAUUCAAAACUGUCAAGUUGCCCAUUCAGCAUGGGCUUUUGCCAUUGAAAAUCACUGUAAUUAAGUAGUUUGGUUAGAGCACGAGGCUUAGCUAAUCAAUCUUUGUUUUUCAAGUUUUUGUUUCCUUAUGUUCUAAGAGGAUUGCAAAUCACCCUAGAUAAAGAAGUGUUUUGUUUCUUUACACUGAAGAGAAGUGUGAUGCCUCUAGUUUUUGGUUAAGAGAAAAUUAAAAUGUAUGAAAACUAUAUUUGCUUGAUAUAACCCUUUAAUUGAUGUCUUUUAUGAAGUGGAUAACUUUUUUGAAAUUCGACAGAUUCUUUUUAAUGGGGUCCUUCAUGGCCAUUUCUAGUUUAAGGUGGUUGAUGGAUUUAGCCAUAUAUGCUGCUGAAGAAAUUGUCUACCUUUCCCCCUUUCCUCUUCCAUGUAUGUAAGAUUGAGUUUAGAGGGAAAGUAUUUUCUAUAUUAAUUAUGUUUAAACCUUUCAAGAUAGUUAUUUAGCUAGCUUAGUGUUUAACUAAACUUUUUUUAAACAAGGCCAAGAUCUAAUGCUAUUUUGAGAUUUUGAAAUUAAACAAAAAUACUUACUUCAGAAUUGUAUUUAAUGCCUUCUUUCCUGUGACAGUUACUCAAUUGAGCCUGAAUUCUGACUGCCCUCAAGUUACAUUUUAUUACACAGCCACAAUGUAUCAUAACAAGGCAGAUUGUAAUAUAUAUAUAACCCUGUACUUAUGACUAUGUCUUGGUUUUUUCCCCUUGGAUUGAAAUGUACUAAAUUCAAUGUGACAUUAAAAUGAAAAUUUUCCUAUUUAUUUGAGUAGAAAGUCACUUACUGGUGAGUCAUAUACUAUUUUAAACUACUUUCUCUGGAUGUUGUGGCUCUUCACUGGUUGUAAAUUAGAAAAGCUGGGAGUACAUAUGGUGUGCUGUAACAUUCUAAAUUUUUCCAUCUUCCUGUGCUAAUAAGCAUGUUUGUAAUAUUAAAAAUACAUUUAUUGAUGCUUUGCUACAGGAGUUUCAAGCCUGUGGUGACUAUUAGCAUUUGCUGUAGAGAGUGGAAUGGAUUUAUUAUUUCAUCAACUAAAUUAACACUCACUUUGCUUGAGAGUGGAAUCCUUUCCUCAUCUUCUUCCGCAGAUGUCCAGGAGCUGGAAAACGUUUUUUUUAAGAAACACCACUUUUAUUAUGUACAAUAAACUAUUUCAUUAGCUUGAAAUGUAUAGAUGUUUUAAUUCUUUCUAAGUAUACCAAGUAUUCUCUUUUCCCCCUUCCUCGCUUGGCAGGGGUGAGUGAUGAGUGAUAAAUGAUGAUCCAGCAAAGUAGCCUGAGAAGGAGCAUCAAACACAAGUAGAAUCAAAAGAAAAUACUAUCACAGAAGCCAGAGUAUACAGGAAGAAGGAGUGAUUGACGGGAUCUGACAGCAGAAAGGUCAAGGAGGAAUAGAGAUGAUAAAAAAGGCUGUAGAACUUAAAAGCUAAGAGAUAAUUGGUAAUAUUGACAGUUUCAGCAGAAUGAUGAGGUUGAAAAUUAUAAUUUUAUGGGUUGAAAAGUAAGUGGAAGCAAUUAGUGUAGAUCAGAGGUGUCAAACACGAGCAUUGGGGCUGGACACAGUAAUUGGCAAGUACUUGAUAAAAAAUACAAUAGAGCAUAGAUAAUGCUAUUAUGUGGUUUUCUAAGUCAAUAUGCUACUACAAAAAUCCUUAUAUAUGAUUUAGUGGCCCCCAUUUGUAUUUGAGUUUGACAGUCAUGGUGUAGAUGACUCAGAGUUUGAUAGUGUUAGGGAAGAGAAAAAGAACCUGAUAGGUUGAGGAGAGGAUAGGGAAGAUCUGUACAUUUUUGUAAGCAGCAAAGAAGGAUGAAGUAGACUGGAAGAGAGUGAAAAGGAAGGUCUCUUGGCAAAGGUGGUCCUUAAUCCUUAGCUGUGUGAUAGCUUCUUGAUUUACAGUGUGCCAAGAAUUUGGUGUUAAGGCCAGAACAGUCAUGUGGUGAAGGCCUCCAGCCCCAGACUUUACCAUCCUAUUCCAGACAACCCUCAUGAGUAUCUUUGAGUACAGCAGAGUCUUGGAACAGAACAGUGUUGGUGGCAAGGGUUAGUGGUUCCUCCUCCCUUCUAUGUCGGCAGUUGUUAAUUUCAAGAUUGCAGUGACAGCACACAGCUGUAGGAGACAAAGUAGCUUCUGCCUUCACAAGAGCAACCUGGAGAAUUCUACAAAAGCAACAAGGAGAAGCAAGUAUGGAAAAUUCUAGUUCCUGAGAAAGCCAAGUCUGGAGCUCUUACCCUCCUGGAUACAAUAAACGAUUUCAUUACCUUGAAA